CGAGCGCGCCGGGGCCGAGGGGGUGGGACGCAGGAAGGGCUGGGAGGAGUUGAGCUGGGAGUUGAGGAGCCUGCGACUGCUGCUGUGGCCCGCGCCAUGUCUGCUCGCAACUUGGGCACGGAGCUGGACCUUAGCUGGAUCUCCAAAAUACAAGUGAAUCAACCAGCAGUUCUGAGGCGUGCAGAGCAAAUCCAGGCUCGCAGAAUGGUGAAAAAGGAGUGGCAAGCUGCUUGGCUCCUGAAAGCUGUUACCUUUAUAGAUCUUACUACACUCUCAGGUGAUGACACAUCUUCCAACGUUCAAAGGCUUUGUUAUAAAGCCAAGUAUCCAAUCCGGGAAGAUCUCUUAAAAGCUUUAAAUGUGCAUGAUAAAGGCCUUACUACAGCCGCCGUUUGUGUUUAUCCCGCACGAGUGUGUGAUGCUGUGAAAGCACUGAAGGCAGCCGGCUCCACCAUCCCAGUGGCUUCGGUGGCCACUGGCUUUCCAGCUGGACAGACUCAUUUAAAAACACGAUUGGAAGAGAUCAGAUUGGCUGUGGAAGAUGGAGCUACGGAAAUUGAUGUGGUAAUUAACAGGACCUUGGUGCUGACAGGCCAGUGGGAAGCCCUGUAUGAUGAGAUUCGUCAGUUUCGCAAGGCCUGUGGGGAGGCUCAUCUCAAAACCAUCUUAGCAACAGGAGAACUUGGAUCUCUUACUAAUGUCUAUAAAGCCAGUAUGAUAGCAAUGAUGGCAGGAUCAGAUUUUAUUAAGACCUCUACUGGAAAAGAAACAGUAAAUGCCACUUUCCCGGUAGCUAUAGUAAUGCUACGGGCCAUUAGAGAUUUCUUCUGGAAAACUGGAAACAAGAUCGGCUUUAAACCAGCAGGAGGCAUCCGCAGUGCAAAGGAUUCCCUUGCCUGGCUCUCUCUCAUAAAAGAAGAGCUAGGAGACGAAUGGCUGACGCCAGAACUCUUUCGAAUAGGUGCCAGUACUCUGCUUUCUGACAUCGAGAGGCAGAUUUACCAUCAUGUGACUGGAAGAUAUGCAGCCUAUCACGAUCUUCCUAUGUCCUAAAUCAGACUGAUUCCAGAAAAGUUCUUUACAACGAUGUUUAAAAUGUGUUUUUAACGAUGUCUUUACAACGAUGUUUAAACACAACGAUGUUUAAGAUGUGUUUUUCUACAUAACUGCUAAAAUUAUUUAGUUAAAAUAUGAGGGAACGAAUAGGUGACUGAUGGGUUUUUUUUUUCCCUUCAAGCUUUCACUGAAUUUGAUUCAAAAAAUAAAAGGAAAAAACAAGUAA